UCUGUUCAUGUGUUCUCCUGCCCUACGCGUCACUGAUUUCAGCUCGCGAUGGGCGCUUACAUCAGCUGUGAGAGGCUUUGACAGAGGGGACUUGGCUGGUUCGGACCAUUUGGACCCAGAGUCCAGAUAUGGUGAGGCACAGCGUGAUGACAGAGUUGCAAACCUUCCAGCAGUCUCUCCAGGGUAACUCCUUGGCUUUGGGCCAAGCGGAGCAGACCUGUGGGGGAACUCAGGAGAACGGGGUCGCUUCAGAGGAGAGACAGCAACUGACCCAGCCAGACCCAGCAGAAAUCGAGAAAAGCCAGCCAGUGAAUAUCCCAGAUGCAGCAAAAAGAAAAAAGAAGAAAAGAACCAGAGCGACAGACAGCUCCACAGGCACUUUUGAUGAUCUCUACAAACUGACAGAUGAGAUGCUCGGUCAAGGGGCUUAUGCUAAAGUUCAAGGAUGCAUAAGUCGGCAGAACGGACAGGAGUAUGCUGUGAAGAUCAUAGAAAAGAGUGCAGGGCACAGCCGCAGCAGAGUCUUCCGAGAAGUGGAAACUCUCUACCAGUGUCAAGGAAACAACAACAUUUUGGAAUUGAUCCAGUUCUUUGAAGACAACUCCUGCUUUUAUUUGGUAUUUGAAAAGCUGCGUGGUGGCUCCAUCCUGACACACAUCCAGAACCGGAAGUACUUUGACGAGCUGGAGGCCAGUAAGGUGGUCAGGGACAUUGCCCAAGCUCUCGACUACCUCCACACUAAAGGCAUUGCCCACAGAGACCUUAAGCUGGAAAACAUCCUUUGUGAAUACACUGAUCGGGUGUCCCCAGUAAAGAUCUGUGAUUUUGACUUGGGAAGUGGAGUGAAGCUCAGCAGUGCCUGUACGCCCAUAACGACUCCAGAGCUCACCACACCGUGUGGCUCAGCAGAGUACAUGGCUCCAGAGGUAGUGGAGGUGUUCACUGACGAGGCUUCUUUCUACGACAAACGCUGUGACCUUUGGAGUCUCGGGGUCAUCCUCUACAUCCUGUUGAGCGGCAGCCCCCCCUUCACAGGCCACUGUGGCACCGACUGUGGCUGGGACCGCGGAGAAACCUGCAGAACCUGCCAGAGCCACCUGUUUGAGAGCAUCCAGCAGGGCAAGUAUGAAUUUCCAGACAAGGACUGGGAUCGCAUCACGGAGGGGGCCAAGGAUCUCAUCUCCAAGCUGUUGGUUCGGGACGCAACGCUGCGCCUCAGUGCUGCUCGGGUCCUCAAGCACCCUUGGGUGCAAGGGAACGCCCCAGAGAGAGGUCUUCCAACUCCUCAUGUUCUACAAAGGAACAGCAGCACCAAAGACCUGAGCCAGUUCGCAGCCGAAGCCAUCGCCUUCAACCGGCAGCUAUCUCAGCACGACGAGCAGCAGGAGGACGUCGGCGCCAUCGUUUGCUCCAUGAGGCUUUCUCCUCCUUCCAACUCCAGACUGGCCCGCCGACGGGCGCAGUCCAACGCCGCCGUGCGCACCGCGGAUUUUGCACCCGCAUCGGACGACCUCACCGCCUGACGGACCGGCACAAGUCCCCUCGUUGUGUUUUCUGACGGAUUUUUAGCCUCUGCUUGCAUCUUGCGUGUGUGAUUGAUUUUUUUAAAAUUUAUUUGGGUUUGUUUGUUUUCACCAGGAGCCUUUUUAGGAUCGGCCGCACAGUAACCGUUGUUGGUGCUGAAGCUCUUUCCCAUGGCCAGUAAUCUCACCUCCUGGACAGAGUUUGAGCACCAAGGGGACGGUUAAUCGUCGGCUACCACUUCCUCGUUGAGAACACAGCCGAAAGAGUUUUAAACAAGAACUGUUUAAUUUGAGAACAGCUUUGGGUUUACCGUUACAAUUUGUCUUAACAGAGAUAUUUAUUUUCUAUUCAAUGAUGAUUCAAUUGUGCAGCAGAAGCCGCUCUUAAUGCCUGCAUCGGUACAUAUCAUUAUCAACAGCGUUACGUGGGUUCAGCGCAGUUUUGCAGCUGUUGCUGUUCUAAUGCAAAGUUAUUUAAUAUUGAUAGAUUUUAUUUUUCUUGUUGUCCAACUGUGAAUUUUUGUUUUUAUUUAAAUGAUGCUUAUUGCUUCUCAGUCACGGGCGGAGAUGGAUGAGUUAUUGUUUAUGUUUUGCUUUUUUUAAGCAUGUGGUUUGAUGUGUGUGUGUGGAUGAAAUUAUUAAAUCUGACUACACUUAAAGGAGACGGUUUUCUCCAUUUGACCCUUUUAAAGAAAAAAAAAGCCAUUCCUGUCGAUGCUACGUAGAACGUGCAGGAAUGUGAAUGGAUGUUGAAAGUUUUGAGAAGGCUUUUUGAUCAAAUAGUUUUUUUAUUUAUAAUUUCUAGCUUUCACGUCAACACAAGCUACCUGUAGCACUGAUGUACUUUAAGAUAAGUCACUGAUUAAAUUUAUCUGAAAAGGGAGAAUAUUGUAAUGUAAAUACUCAGUUUGGUCUUACCUUGUGAAAUCAACACUUUCAGUGAUGUUGAUCUUUUAAUGGGUUUUAACAACCGUUUCAUCCUCAUUGGAGUCCAACAUUACCUCUGGCUCUUUUCUUCUUUUUUUGCACGAUUUGUACUGUAAAAAUCCCCAAAAAGCCCCGUAGAUACUUAUUGAGUUGAUAUCUGUGUGUGUUUUUAGUCUGGAUUAACUGAAAUGUGAACAUUGCAUUUGUUUUAGUUGUUUGUAGCUAUUGAGACUUAAGGAGUGAUUAUAAAUAGUUGAUGUUACACUUUGUAGUAAGAUAGAGGAUUCCAUACUGGUGUUGAAGGGACUUAUUUUUAGUAUUUGUAUAUUAUUUAGUUUUGGUUCUGUGACUGGCUCUGAGUGCCGAUGGGGGGAACAAAAAUGGACUAACCACGCUAAGUUUUAGUUGAGUCCAUCAAGUUGCUAAGUUGCUUUUUUAAAAAUGUUUAAAUGUUUUACUUUUGUCUUUGUUUGAGCAGUGACACCGAUGGCAGUCUUUUUAUUUCCCUAAUCAGCCCAUUAACUAUACAGUAUGUGUUGCGCCCGCUAAAGCACACGUCCCCCUGAUUUCACACUGUUGCCAUGGACACCCCAUCCCUAUAGCAACACUGGGCCGUCAGAGGCCGGCAGGAAUUGACAGGGAUUUACUCAGAGCAAAAACACACAUUAGGAAAACAACAACUUGCUAUCUUUAGGCCCUCUCACUCACACCAUUGUGAAUCCAUAAAUGGACUUUAAUGUAAUAUAAAAUGAGAUGCAGUAAUUGGUGUGCAGUUAUGGAGUGCCAUUUACAUUUGUCAAUGUUCUUAUGGGGUCCUUCCUAUGCAUAACGCUCUGUGUGGAGCACAUUUUCCCUAGUAUGCUGUGUUCUCAAUAAAAGAAUAUCCUCAACAUA